CGAAAAUCUCUCCAAGGACUUGACUACGUGGCCGCAGACGGUGCGCGUGCCUUUGAAGACUUAGAGAAUUUAGUCCGCCGACUUGGAGAGCUCGGUCUCGGGAAAGAGUGGGAGUUGCAGUACGUGGAAUUACUCAAGGGUUCAAAAUUAUACCUUAAAAGUGAUUUUAAGGUAAGGCUUAAUUAAAAAUAAUAAUACCGUAUUUUUUCGAAUAAGCGCCCAACCUCGAAAAAGCGCCCACCUCGAUUAGGUGCCCAGCCUCGAAAAAGUGCCCACCCCCUUUUCCUCCCACGCAAACUAAAAUAAGCGCCCACCACCACCCCACCCCUCCCCCCCCUAACCCCCCCAAAAAAAUUGAAUAAGUACUCAAGAGACUUCCCCGAAGGCGGAGUUUUCUUCAGAGUAUUUUACAGAAACCUUUUGUUACAUCUUCGCGUUUGGUACUACCAUUUAUUGUUUUGUUACAAAAUAAACAUACUACUUUUGCUGAAAAUGGUGAAAAUUUAAUAAGCGCCCAGCCUCGAAUAAGCGCCCACUCUCAAGGUCCAAAAAUUUAAUAAGCGCCCAGGGCGGUUGAUCGAAUAAAUACAGCAAUUGGAAAGAAUUUAAUCAUUCUUUACAAAGACUUUAAGUAUAACUUUAAGUAUACCAUUUAUUGUUUUGUUACAAAAUAAACAUACUACUUUUGCUGAAAAUGGUGAAAAUUUAAUAAGCGCCCAGCCUCGAAUAAGCGCCCAGCCUCGAAUAAGCGCCCACUCUCAAGGUCCAAAAAUUUAAUAAGCGCCCAGGGCGGUUGAUCGAAUAAAUACAGCAAUUGGAAAGAAUUUAAUCAUUCUUUACAAAGACUUUAAGUAUAAAAUUUAAAGAAUGAUUUUAAUUGUCACUAUUUGUCACAAUAAAUGCUGUGUGUUUUAAACAUCUUACAGGUCCACGUGUGUUCUUCAUCUGAGAUUGCGAGUCAUUGCAGUGUGUUUGCCUUAAGUGACUCCACCAGUCCUGAUCUGCAGCAGCAGUGUAGCCACAAACACGAAGAAUGCUGUGAGCAAUGUGAGAUCCUGCACUCAACUCUUCAGAACAUUUCCUCUGCAGUAGAAAGAGCAUCGUUUGCCACGCAAGAUGACAAAGAAGAGGCCCUGUUCUUAGUCAACGCUUCUGUGCUUGCCAUCCAGUCAUGGAAAUGUCAUCUGCUGAGGUCGGCUCACCAGGACCAGGCUCGUUUGGACGCUAUCGACGCUCUUGAUCAGGAGACAGUUUUUAUCGUCAACGACUGGGCGAUGAAGUUUCUUCCUCAUAGAUACCGUGAGUCCCAAACGGACUGGUUUGGCAAGCGUGGGUUAUCAUGGCACAUAUCGGUGGUGUACAGACGGAAGGAGGAGGAACUACAGUGGCAAGCCUUUAUCCACGCAGUUCAGUCCUGCAGCCAGGGGAGUUCAGCUGUGGCAUCCAUAAUGCAUCAUGUCUUGGAAACACUCAAGCACGAGCACCCUGAGAUAAACAAAGCGUACUUCAGACAAGACAACGCAGGCUGUUACCACUCCACUCGCACGAUACUAGCUUGCAGAGAGAUGGCAGCAAGCACUGGAGUAAAAGUAGUCCGCGUAGAUUUUAGCGAUCCCCAAGGCGGAAAAGGGGCAGCAGACCGGCUGGCUGCAAGCUGUAAAAGACAUAUCAGGGCGUUUAUUGAUGAAGGCAAUGAUGUUUGCACUGCCGAUGAGCUUAAAGACGCAUUAUUAUCGCAUGGUGGAUUGAAAGGUGUAAGAGUUGUUUCCCUUGAUACGAUCAUCGAAACACCUGACAGUGGGCAAACUAUUACUGGCAUUACAAAACUGAACAAUUUUGAGUUUAGCUCUACAGAGUCUGUUACCUGUUGGCGUGCGUAUUGUGUUGGUCGCGGAAAAAUCAUCAAUCCAGGAUCUUCAUCAAGUAAGUAUGGGAAUUAAAACUAAAAGUGAGCUACUGAGAAUUAAUGGAUGAGUUGCCGCUAAAUUUAAGUUCUGUAUUAAAAUGCAAAAGUGUAAGACCCUUACUUUAUUGGAGAACCUUACCAUACAAUAAUUAUCUGCAAGUACAUGUAUCAGAUACCUUUGGAGUUCCACGCAAUAUUCUUGGUUCUGAUAAAUGAAGAAAUGAUUGUCGCAGUUGUAAGAGCAAUUUAAAGAAUUACCAUUUUGUUCAAUUUUUUGGGUGGCUUAAACGGGAAAACCCAUAACUUCUACGUACGUUAGCGCGGCAGCGCUCUACUAACCGAGCUAUGAAUACCCAUGUAUUGGGAACAUACGUUUAUUUCUGUCAUGUUUGCUUUAAAAACUUAUAAAUGAUUUGAAAAAGAAUUCAGAAAACAACUCUUUAUUGGUAUUAAUUUAUUUACCCAAGGUCCUCGAUACCAAGUACUUCAGAAAUCAUUCUCCGAAGGAGAUUUUACUUCCUUUCGAUGUAAAUCUGAAAAACAGGUUGGACAGACAGCUUCAACAUCAGCAACUGUGGCCGAGCCAUCUGGUGUCAUUUCGGAAGACAGUGACCUAUCCACAGGGGUUUAUUCCUGUCCUCAAGACGGCUGCGUUCGUGUGUUCCAAAGAGUGUCUGCUUUAGAGAAACAUCUGUCUGUAGAAAAAUGUUCCCGAUCCCCGGAGAAAUAUUCUCUAAUGGAUUUAGCGAAAAUGGGGUACAAGACCCAUUUGGAAGAAGGUGUUGGCAUAUUGCCCUCUCUUAAAGCCCCAGUUGCUCACCAGGAGGGUCACUUUGUACCAAAUGAGGGAUGGGCCCUCAGAGCAGCAAAGAAGGCGUAUAGAUUCAGCGAAAAGCAAAAGUCUUACUUACUGGCGAAAUUCUCUAUCGGUCAAACAACGGGCCGUAAGCUUGACGCCGAGGUUGUGGCGAGGGAAAUGAGACGCGCCCGUGGAGCAGAUGGUGUGCGACUUUUCCAGUCCUCAGAAUUCCUAACCAGUUUGCAGAUUGCGUCCUUCUUCUCAAGGCAAAGCGCUACACUACGGCAAAAGGACCCAGCAGAUGAAGCCGAUAUCCGGGCAUCUCAAGAGGAAGCUAACUUUAGUGCAGCGAAGGAGGUCGUUGAAACUAUUCAGCUCAACCAUCCUCUGGUAUACGAUCAGUACAACCUAUGUGAGAUGGCGCUCAGUGGUAACUUGAAAGUCCUCAAGCUACCGAUGCUUCAGCGCUUGUGCGAGGAUCUCGGCCUUGAUGCACCUGUCCCGCCUGUGCGCAAGAAGGCUCCAUACUUGGCACUCUUAGAGGAAAUAGCCAAAAAGUGCACAUGCCGAAAGUAA